AUGCUGAGUGUGCUGCGGGUGCACCUGCCUUCCGAUAUACCGAUUGUAGGUUGCGAGUCCACACCAUAUGUGCUUUUGAAGCGACCCGACAAUUCUGUUGUUACCGAUGAUGCUACUGAGUUGAACCCCAUUGAUGGCCAUUUCUUGAGAUAUAGAUGGUACCGUGUACAAAGUGAUAAGAAAGUUACUCUUUGUAGUGUCCACCCAACUGAGCAAGCUACAUUACAAUGCCUUGGAUGUGUUAAGGCCAAAUUACCUGUUGCCAAGAGUUACCAUUGUUCUCCCAAGUGUUUUGCUGGUGCCUGGCAACACCAUCGUGCUCUGCAUGAGCGUGCUGCUAGUGCGGUGAAUGAAAAUGGAAAUGAGGAAGAAGAAAUAUUUGGGCGAUUCAAUAGCACAGGAAGUACAACGUCAAAUAUGAAUGCAUCUCAGUCAAAUCCCAGUCUGUCAAACGGCACUGCUGCAUUAUAUCCUGCCGCAGUUACUCGAAAUGGUGGUGAAACAUGGUUCGAAGUUGGACGCUCCAAGACAUAUACACCAACAGCUGAUGAUAUUGGCCAUAUCCUGAAAUUUGAGUGUGUUGUAGUAGAUGUUGAAACAAAACUAGCAGUGGGUUCCCCCCCACUCUUAACUACGGCUCGUGUGAUUCCUGCUCCUUCACCUAGUCCACGUCGAGUGAUAUCUGUUAGUGGAAUUGAUGUUGCAGCACAUUUGGACAUGAAUGGUCGCACUUCAUCUGGCGUAACAUUUUCAGUACUCUCGUACAAUAUUCUAUCCGAUAUCUAUGCUUCGAAUGAACUAUACAGCUAUUGCCCCUCUUGGGCACUUUCUUGGGCCUAUCGUAGACAAAACCUUUUACGAGAAAUAGUUGGUUACCGAGCAGAUAUUAUCUGUCUUCAGGAGGUUCAAAGUAAUCAUUUUGAGGAAUUCUUCGCACCUGAGCUGGAUAAACAUGGCUACCAAGCUGUGUUUAGAAGUAAAAGUGGAGAGGUUUUUGGUGGGAAAAUGGAUACCAUUGAUGGCUGCGCUACUUUCUUCCGCCGUGAUAGAUUUUCACAUGUCAAAAAAUAUGAGGUUGAAUUUAACACAGCUGCACAAUCCCUGACUAAUGCUUUGGUUCCUAGUUCACAAAAGAAAAAUGCCUUAAAUCGGUUAAUAAAGGAUAAUAUUUCGCUAAUUAUUGUUCUAGAAGCCAAGUUUGGUAUUCAGAGCAUUGAUAAUCCAGGAAAGCGCCAGCUUGUUUGUGUGGCAAAUACACAUGUGCACGUGCAUCAUGAGUUGAAAGAUGUGAAACUCUGGCAGGUCCACACGCUUAUGAAAGGCCUGGAAAAGAUUGCUGCUAGUGCGGAUAUCCCAAUGUUAGUCUGUGGGGAUUUCAAUUCUGUCCCUGGAAGUGCUCCACACUCCCUUCUCGCUUUGGGGAAAGUUGACCCUCUUCAUCCAGAUUUAGCUGUGGACCCGCUCGGAAUUCUUCGCCCCACCACCAAACUAACACAUCAGUUGCCACUGGUUAGUGCUUACUCAUCCUUCGUCAGAGCUGGGGUUGGUCUUGGUCUAGAGCAAAGAAGGAAAAUGGAUCUUGCUACAAAUGAGCCCCUCUUUACGAACUGUACCAGAGAUUUUAUUGGUACUCAUGAUUACAUCUUUUAUUCAGCUGACACUUUAACCGUGGAGUCUCUGUUGGAGCUACUGGAUGAGGAUAGCUUGCGGAAAGACACUGCUCUUCCUUCUCCAGAGUGGUCGUCAGAUCACAUAGCACUAUUUGCUGAAUUCCGCUGCAAGCCUAGGACCAGACGUUAA